UAUCGAGAAUUUUCUUCACUCGAGAUGGCUAAAGGUUCAUCAGUACUUCAGUGUAAAGAGGAAUUAGCACAAGAGCCAGUGUCCGUUAUAAGACAGAUAGUUAAGGUUCAUUCAUCAGUCAUUCCACCAAGUAAUAAACCUAAAGUAAAUUUCCCAGGUGGACUUUGCAAGCCAGCACCUCCACCGAAACCGGCGCAUUUGUCAGCCAUUGGCAGUGUACGUCAGUUCCGCCCCUCGUGUUUGACAAAUUACGGCCUGUUAGUUAAACCUAGGGGCUUCAUUCCAGCAAACACUGCUUCAACUGCGACGCUGCCAGGUGUAAGCAAUCAACUGCUGUUGCUUAGCAACGACAAUAACACUUGCGAUGUUAACACGUGGGAACAAGACUAUGCAAACAAUCAACCUAAAACUGUGAGAAUUCUAACUUCAGCUGACAAUUGCGAAAAUAGCACAAUCGGUAAUGUGUCUCCAGCUCAUGGACUAGCAAAUAAACGUCCAGUGCAGAAUAAAACUGAGACUGAAAAACGGGAUGUGGUCAUGUCUUUAGACCAGAAAAAACCGGCAUGUAUUCAGAAUUACAGCGAGAAAAUGUGUUUACCGUCUCCGAGAUAUAAAGAGAACAGAGACAAAUCUCCUCUAAAUUAUAAGUACAGGAGAAGCAUCACACCCGGGUAUACUUCACUAAUUUGUAGUGAGAAAAAACUUUCUCUUCCCUCUUCAACUUUUAACUUAACACCCAGUAACUUAACACCGUGUAUUAAGGCCCAGGAGAAAGAAAGGAGUAGUACAAGUAGAAAUAAAGACGAGGGAAGUGCCAGAUCUAUGCCACAACAUGAAUCUACCACUAAGUGCCUGAAACCAAAGAGUUCAGAAUUUUCGUCUUCUCAGCAAUCGAUAUUAUCAAAUAGUUUACUUCCUAAUAAUGAAGAUCUGACUGACAGAAUAGAACGUAUUACUGGUUAUAAAUCUGCAGCAAAAAAUAACUCUUCUAAACCACCUUUGCCAUUUCAUUUUCAAAAAGCUACAAAAGCGGGGCUAAAUACUGGAAUAAGGACUCGUAUUGCUAGCGCACGAAAACAGUUCUUAGAAGCUAUUCAGAACAGUGAAGAAAGGAAAUAUGAUUAUGGAAGCCAAGAUGGCGACUUAGAUAAGUUCAAAUCCUUCAGACGUUCUACCGAAGCGGAGAGAGCCCGACUAAUAGCCAGUACUCCAGAUCUUGCGGCAAUAGAAAGAUCAGUACGCAGCAGUAGGAGACAUAUUGAUCGGAUCCUUGCUUCUAAAGGUCGGAGCCAGCAAGGAACAAGCUCAGAACGCGGUUAUUCCGAGCCUCGGCAUGCAGGUGGUUCGGCUGCUGUGUGGCCUUCUUAUCAUCCAAAAGUAUCCCAAUAUGAAGACAAGUACGAACAUGAGAAAUACUUAAAAAGAAGAAGUAAAAGUUUCGGAUACUUAGAGACAGAUAUUGAUACUUUAGAAUGUAGACAGGUAUUUGAAACAGAACAAGAUAGGUCACGCCGGGAAAAUAACUUGUACAAUGCAUAUCUUACUUGUAGCAUGUUUACGCUGAAUCAACAGAACCUAACAAAUCACACUACUGACAUGGAGGAUAAUUCACGAGCCCGGAGCAUGGACUUUCUUUUAGAUGAUGAUAAUCGACUAUCUGUUUUACCUCCAGAAAAUACAUUUAAUACUAAUAAGACUAAGUCUGAGCAUGAGCUACGAGUAGAACGGUCUUUACAAAAUCUAAACAUUCCAGAAUGGUACAAGAACUCUCCUUGGAGUAAACAGUCUCAAGAAAAGCUACUUUUGAAGCACAAUAAUGGAAAACGACGUCCACGAUGGCAAGGACUAGGAUCAAGAACCCCUUCUUCUUCUAGCAUUGCUUCCACUAGUCUUUCAAGCAGAAACUUGAGAACUCCUGAUCGUUCAAUUAAUACCGACUGGCGAUAUAUGGAGUUCUUGCGAUCGUCACGAGAGAGUCUCACAGGAGUUAGUGCAGGGUCUAUGUCUCCAGCUGAACCAUAUCCAUUAUCUAGGUGGAGUAGCACACGCUUGUCGUCAACUAGCUUUCCUGUUUCAGGGUGGUCACCUUAUCGCUCUUUUAGACAGCCUUACUUGGGAUGGAGAGCAGCUGUUGGUCAGAAUUCUAGCAGUAGUUUUUCAGGAGUUCCAUCUCCAGCUCCAUCAACUCCUCUGACCACCAGUCGGCCUGUAUCGCCUGGUCGUAGCUUCAGAGAAUGUCAAUCUGCUUAUACCCAAAUAUCUGAUGAACCCGAGAUACAAACUUCUUCACAUCAUCAAACAGAGGAUGUGGGAAAAGGCUACUUAUUGGCAAACUUUAGUGAACAACUGGGCACAUAUAGCAUUAAUACCGUAGAGAAAGGAACUGAUUUCACCAAAUCAAAACAGACUUCUCUUCUUCCAUAUCGCCCUACAAGUGACUUGGAGGCGAGAAAUGGUCACAGUGGUUUGUAUGAUCGAACUUCUUGUUCUUAUAACUGUGACAGAACCGAAUCGGCUCAACUUUACUCGGAAUCAACUGAUGACGGAUCUCCUUACCACCAGUCUUCUGGUACAUUAGAAAAGGACUUCUCUUUUCUGAGUUCUUCAGGACGCAUGUUUGAUUACCCAGUAAAAUCAGGACGCAUGUAUGAUUACCCAGUAAAAUGCAGUACACCUAACAAAGUAUCUUUAGCUGGAAGUUUACUCUCUCAGUCCUCUAGUAGGCCACCUGGAGAAGAACCACACCAAGAAUGUCGAAACCGUAGAAGUUAUCAAGAUAAAAACUUUUCUUUGCAGAAAGAUACGUUUUCAUAUCAGGCUCCAGCCAGUAGCAACUCAUCAAAUUGUUUUCGAAAAAAGUCUGUAGGAAAUGAAACUGAUUAUUAUCAGACCUCAUACUUACCUGAUGAGGAAAAGGACGACAGUUUUACAAUUGUUACAUCAGAGUUUUCCUGUUCAGACCAAGAGCCUAGAAUCUUACUAAACAGUAAUAUGGAACAAAAAACGGAUAUCAAUGGGCACCGUGGAGAGAGUGUAAAAACUUUAAAACAACGGGAAAAUUCCUCAUCAUCAUUCAAUCAAGACUUUGGAGGUGGAUCUGAGGGUACGAAAGAACGUAAGCCCAAACGGGACAGAUUUUCGUACAUUCAAAGUAUUUACAAUGGAGACUCUGUCCUAGAUAAAGUGACAAAGAAAGAAACUCGUCAACCCACUUCUGAUGCGCAACAAACUUUUGUUGACAUCAGCCAAAGCAGAAACCAGAGCCAAACUUCAUCACCGCAACGCGUGGUGUGGAUGGAAUCAUCAUUUGUAGGUUCAAGACCCACUACAUCUGUGGUUGUGAUACCCGCCAACAACGAUAAAUCUCCUCUUGAAAGGACAAAUGUCAUUUGCAACGUAGAUGAUGAUAACGAUAGUCUCCAGUAUCAACAUGGUGAGUAUAUACAUUUAAAUAAUUGUAGUAUUCGGAAUGAACAUGGCAUAGAUAACUUUUAUACUACAAAACAUAUAUCGGCAAGUUCAAGACUAUAAACUAUACCUCAUUGAGCCAAACUUGAACUGAUUAGAAUUAUUAUAACAAAAAUAUCCUCAACCGAGUUAGAACACGUCACCUUGCCAAACUACCAUCGUGUUACCACGUUUUCGAUAGUUAACAACUUGACAUUGUAAAAAUAACACUUAAAUAGCUAGA